AUGAUCGGCCGACGUGCACUUUCGCGUCUCUUCCAGGCGCCUCAUGGCCCUUUCAAAACGCAAGUGCGACACUUGAAUCUUCUGGAGUACCAGUCGCACAAACUUCUCAGAGAUUUUCAUAUACCCGUGCCCAAUGGCGUCGUUGUCACGACCCCGGAGGAUGCUCGGGAUGUGGUGGCCGAUAUAAGUGCGCCGUCAGUUCUGAAGGCUCAAGUCCUCGCUGGUGGACGGGGCAAGGGAAAGUACGACAGCGAUGGAAAAGGAGGAGUUCGAAUUGUUACUUGGCCCAGCGAGGCAUACGACAAUGCCUCCAAAAUGCUCGGUUACCAUCUAACGACAAACCAAACCCCACCGGGUGGCCUACUUGUGAAGAAGUUAUACAUAUACAAGGCGGUUGAUGUCGUCGAUGAAUUUUAUCUUGCUCUAACCUUUGAUCGCGAUCGGGACAUGCCAGUUCUCCUGAUAUCAGAUGUCGGAGGCACCAACAUCGAGUCCAACAUCGACAAAUUGCAAAAGUUUUGGUUCCAUCUACCAACUGGACUCACCACCGAGAUAAUAUCCUAUAUUCAAGCACAGCUCGGUUUCUCCGAUAAAGAGAUGGUCGUCGUCAACGACAUCCUCCACCAGAUGAUCAAGCUCUUCCGAGAGAAAGACGCCACGCUUCUUGAACUUAACCCCCUCGUUCGCACUUACGAUGGGAAAUUCAUUUGUCUCGACGCUAAAUUCAGUUUUGACAAUGCCGCUCGAUUCCGACAGGAGGAACUUUUCAGUCUUGAAGAACGGUCUCCCGAGGAAGAGGUCGAGUAUCAAGCUUCCAAGCUUGGCCUGUCUUAUGUUAGACUGGACGGCAAUAUCGGAAAUGUGGUCAAUGGGGCCGGUCUCGCUAUGGCGACCAAUGAUCUGAUUAGUUUGUACGGUGGGAAAUGCGCUAACUUUCUCGAUGUCGGUGGAGGAGCGACCAAGGAGACAUUGAGUAAGGCUUUCGAGAUCCUUAACGACGAUUUGCGGAUUAAGGGGAUCCUUGUGAAUAUUUAUGGGGGAAUCGUGCGCUGUGAUAUGAUCGCCGAGUCUAUUGUUGCCGCCGCUGCUGCAAUGGGCGGCUUCAAGGUCCCAGUUGUAGUUCGUCUCCAGGGUACGAAUUGUCCACAGGCGCUGAAAUUGUCGGCGGCUCAGAUGAUCGUCGAGCUGGUAGGGAAAUCGGGAUGA